CCGCGCAGGCGUCACUAUGAGCAUUUACUACUAUUUAUUAUUUUUUCCCCUUUGUCGACUGGAGUAGAUGUUUGUAGUGAAUAGAAGAUGUAAUCAAAAUACUGUGGGCGCGUAGACAUUGAAACAUAGGUGUGCAUCAGGCAAGAGAAGCACAAAGUAUAACAGCAUGGAACAGGCUAAGGUGGAAGAAGCCACGUGUGGCACCUGUGUUUCGAGUAGAGGAGAGCAAAACAGGGCAAUUAAUCUGCUGGACCUUCCUUCUGAAAUUCUAGAAAACAUCCUCAAGUACACUAGCUUCUGCAAUAUGUGCCAGCUGAGAAGGGUGUGUCGGUACCUAAACCAAAUUGCUGCCUCACUACUCAAUUCUGAGUUCGUGAAGCUUCGCAUGGCAAUGCAGCAGCGUUUCCAGCACAUUAAAGCUCAGAUGCCUCGCCGAGAGUCAGCACGGCGCAAGCACCCACUGGCCAGGGAGUGCGAUAUUGUUGAGACCCUUCACAUGCGUCUCACUCUUCUACAGAUGACAUUUGGAAAGCACAUUGAACGCAAACACUGUUGUUUCUUCCCUGGAGAGAUACUUGACGAGGUAUAUCGCAUUCUGCGAUACGUAGAGGUAACUCCAACAUUAAGCCGGGCCUACAAGGUGACUGAUGAGCUGUUUGAUCUGACCACCAUGGCUAUGGAGUAUUUUAAGGAGCAUAUCGAGCCCACACUUCCAGAAAUCACCUACUUUGCAACAGACUUCCUCGACUACACACCCUCCUUUCCAUCAUCACUUAAGAGCCAGCUGUCCCUUAUGGAUGCCUCCCCUUCAACAAGCGUCCAAGGCUCAUCUCCUAGUGGUCCACUCUCUCCUCAGCCUCCACAGGUUAAUCCAACUGUCAAGAAACGUCUUCGGAAGCUAAGGGAGAGCAUGAAAAAAAAUAGUGGCCAAGUGCUAGCCCUGCGACGCGAACUCAAGCUGACUCGCAAACGCGUGACCACGCAGCAGCGCCAUCUGCUGGAAUUGAAAGCACGCUACGACGACUACGACCAGCGCUUGCAGACAACAUCUCGCAAGCUGAACGCCGUACUGCAGGAAUUGAGCCGCUGCAAGACAGAGCUGCAGUACUGGCGCUCAAAAUCACCCGCUGCAGUACCUUGCUCCUGCGGUAAAACCACACCUACUCCGGUCAUGCCUCCACUGGAGUUUAUGGGAAAUGACGAUUUCAUGCCAAUUGAGAUACAGGAGGGUUCGUCGGCAGAAAAUGAGCUCAAACUUGUUCCCGCUUGCUAUGGACUGCCCCCGGAUGACACAUCAGACGACGGACAUCCAGCAACUUCGCAAGAAGUGCUCAGAGGUUUCAAAAGAAAACUGGACUUGGACUCCCCUCAAACGGGCCAUCUGAUUUUGAAGAUGCCAAAAGCCCAGCGGCUUUCUUUGCCCGAUACGGAAUAAAGGACAGGGUCCAGCUGUCAGUCCUGCAAAGAUGAAGGAAUUUUGAAUUUGGUGCACGGGGAAGCCGAGGUUGCCGAGCGCGAAAUGUAGUUAAAAGUGGUAAAGGUAAAGAUUGUUCGGUAAUAGAAUCAGAUUGCAAGCAAGUGUACAGACGUUUGAGCUGCUAAAAGGAGUACGACCAGAGGGCUGUUGGUACAUAAUUUGGUUAAAUUAUCUGAUUUGCAAGAACAUCAUAAACAAAGAACACCUCGAAGGCAGACGUGUGGAUCAGGGCUACUUGACAUAUCUGGGGAUGCCAUGAUUCUCAGCUGCAUAGUAAUCUUUUUGGUGUGUACAUUCAGUUGUAGGUACUUAACUUUCAAUGAAAGAAAGAAAAAUGGACUGUACCAGAUAGAAGCCUUAGGCAAGGUAUUUCAAGAAGCAUGGUUUGCUUUUAGCAAGGAUCAUUCUCAGUAUUUUUGUUUUCUGACAGGUUUGUCAACAUAUUAAUCAAAUGAAUAUGAUUUAAUGUGCAAGGUACAUCUGUGGAAUGACUAACAGUGAAACCAGUACUGUAGGAUGGUGCUGGCUCUUUUAUGGGAUGCAAGUUAUGUAUCAAAACCAGAUGCAAAUAGCUGUUUUAGGUGUUUUUACAUGUAUUUUUCUCAUUGUAGGUUGAUAUGUUGCCUUAUUUAAAGAAACAAAGCUGUUGCAUCACAAUUCAGCCCGAGCUCUCUCUAGGAAAGAUCAUUAACUUGUUUUUACUCUCAACAUAAGACCUGUUUUGUGAGCAUCCAAUGCUUUUCAUUAAGCCAAAGCAUUUAUUGAUAAGUGUGUGGUACUUAGAAAGGUGAUGCAAUGACGUUUGGGUAUGGAAGGGCAUUGCUUGCCUCUUUCCUUUUGAUCUCCUUUGUGUAUGGCAGGUAUUUGUAACACUGCAAUGUUGCUUUUUUUUCUUUUUUGCAUAGAGUUCCCACUGCCACACAAAAUAUAUUGCUUGUACAUUUAGUAAUAUAGUUAACUUGUCAUCGAAUGGUUUUUCAACAUAUUAAACCACAAUUAGGAGUAACAAAUUUUUGUAUUUCCACUUGUUCUGGUGUUCCUUGACAGGUGUCCUGUUUGUGUACACUGUUGUAUUGCGAGUAUCACCAGUCAAACUUUCUUGUUCUGUUCCAACAAUUAAGCUGUUUCGUUUGAAACAACUUGUUCACUCAUGAUUAGAGUGUCAGUAAGGCUGUCAUAUAAAAUUUUUCCUGCAAAGUCAAAGUAGAGCAUUAAACAGUGAGAGGUAGCAAAAGCAAUCAGUGUCCACAAACACUUUUUGUAUGCACCACACAGAAAAGUGUUGCAAGCAGCUACAUUCUGGGUAACUGCCAAAUGUCCACAAGUACCAAGUAAGCUGCAGACUUGUGAAGCUGUGUGGUAGGGGGUAUCCUAUGUCCCUCAUAUCGCCUGGUACCUGCUGCACUCAUUGCUGCACAAGUGUUUGCCUGCCAUGGUAGAAGAAAGAACUAGGAAGAUAAAUGUGACUUUUUGUGUCUUUUUAACCUCGCAUAACACAGUGUGUGUGUAAACAGAAGUAGUAGACAGUGCACACUAGCAUUGUGACUGUUGUGCUUAGAAAACAUGCUGUGUGGUUCUACACAUAAGUUUGUCACAUGAGCAGAUGUAUUUUCUGUAGCCUGAAAGAAUACAUAACAGCAAGCACAAAGCUUCAUCCUCUGCACCAGCUUGUGGUGAUAGGUUGUCAGCACCAUUGUAUGUUUGCAGCAUGCAGACACUCUCUUGUCAUUGCACGUGCAGUUCAGGUUUGCACACAGGAUAUUAGCGGGCAAGGGACAGAGUCUUGGAAUCUAGUGACACGACGGUAUCACUCGGUUGUGCCAAAGGGUGACAAAAGUGUAUUUAAAUGUGUUCCGAAUAAUUUACCUGUGCUUUUGUAUGCAAUAGAGAUUAUCAUGCAUUAUGUGCAAUUCUGUAAGGGGUACCCAGCAGGGAUUAUGGGACAAUAAAUAUAACGGGGGAACAAAAAGUCACGUUCCCUCCCCUGCUCACCUUGUGGAUACUGCGUUUUCACUUUGAAAUGUGUAAAUAAUGGCAUCAAAUUCAUUACGUGCAUCUCAUUGAGGAUGACCUUUUUUGAAUUAUUUGAUGUGUGCUAUCUCUUGUAUCUGAUUCGGUGAGAAAGUUUUGACACUGAAUGUUUCCGGAUGUAGUGAUCUGCAAAGUAUGUCAUUUCUACAGAAAUAAGGAGCCUGAUUUUGUCAUCUGUAUGCACUUUUUGUAACUUUGUCGAGACACGUUUAUACACUGUAUUAACUUCCGAUGUUUAGAGAAGUCCUACGACUUUAUGCAGAAAACAUGUGGUAGCAAUUCACAUCAUUUCAACUGCGCAUUUAUGUGCGGCUUUUCACAGAAAUGUGUGAGCAAGUUUCCAUCUAAUGGCUCUUAUAUUGUACCACUCUUUGCCAAAAUUUUCUGUAUGCCUCUUCUUGACAGUGGAAUGCGAUUUUUAGUAUUUGAUACAUAUGAAAAUUUAUCUGGAUGCACAGCUUUAGUAAAUAACUUUUCUACUGCAGAUCCUAUUUCCAGUUCCAGAGUACAACUAGCAAGAUGUGUCUGCACAUAUAGAGACAACUGUUUGCUUCAAUAUCAUUCCUCUAUUUCCUGGUUCCAAUUGACAUAAUGCGGAACAGCAUGUGAUUCUUAUAAUUUCUUUUCUCCACUAUGCUUCGGAGUGUUACCUCUGAUGUUGUAAUUUCAGCACCCAUGUUACAUCUGAUGAACACAACACUUUUGAUGUGGAAACUGGAAAUAGUGUUGUGGUUCUGCAAACUGGAAAAGCUUGUGCUACUCUUGUUUUGAGAUUUUGGUUCAUUCAUUUCAUCUUUGCACUUAUGCAAUGCCUUUUAUUUCCACAUUUUCCACUCGAUCACUGUGUAUGCCCUGUGCGGAAAAAAAAAGAAAAAAGAAAUGGAAAUGCAUACUUUGGUUUUAUUUACUGAAAUUUGAAAGUGAUGUUUGCUGCACGUAUGUCGGCAAUGGGAAGUACUAACACUUGUCACCCGAUCUCAGUCUUUUUUUGUGUCGGGAACUAGUAAUGUAAUGCGAGACCUUGAAUGGCCUGUGUGACCUACGUGAUUGUAUUGACACGUUUUGGAUGACCAGCUUGUUGAAGCAGGUCUUGAUGAUACCCAGUAUUUAUUGCUUCUUGUAAUAAAAUGUGUAACACAAUA